UCACCCGGUUAACCUUUGAACCGUCUUCCUUUGCCUUCACAAGAAGUCACAAGACAAACUCUCGUAUAAUUUCACGAGUGGCAAUCGUAACAGUGAGCAGGCGGUGUUGGUUAAACUAGUUUUUUGGGGGUCUACCAGUUAAACAAACUCCUCCAGGAGUGUAGAGGACUACGGCUGGACUGUGUUGUUUUGGCCCAGAGGAGCUAGAGAUCGGAUGACUACACAUUCAGAACAAAGCAAGGAGUGCAAAAUACACACAUCAUGUCCUCUGUCUAUUUCAGUCCAGGGUCGGAUUCAGGUGUAAAUGGAAACAUUGCAAAGAUGGAGGAUGCCAAAGUGGAGAUUGAUGAUGGAAAAGAUGAGAGUGAUGAACCAGACACGAUGUACCACAAUAUCCGGAAGAAGAUAACACCGUAUGUUAUGUCCUUUGGAUUUCGUGUUUUUGGAGUGAUACUGAUCCUAGUGGACUUUGUGCUGGUGAUUGUGGACCUUUCCCUGCCAGCCAGCAACAGGGAUGUUGGAAAUGCAUUAGAGGCUGUGUCCCUCACCAUCUCCUUCUUCUUUCUCAUUGAUGUUCUCCUGCGGGUCUAUGUUGAAGGGUUCAAAGUGUACUUCAGAUCCAAGCUGAACAUCGUAGACGCCUGUGUUGUGGUAAUCACACUCGUGGUCAACAUGGUCUACACCUUCACUGAACUGUCAGGAACCAGCCUCAUCCCCAGGGUAGUGGCGUUCCUGCGUUUCUUGAGAAUAAUAAUCCUGGUAAGGGUUUUCAGACUUGCGGCUCAGAGCAAGGAGCUAGAGAAAGUCACCAGGAGGAUGGUUUCUGAGAACAAGCGGCGAUAUCAGAAGGAUGGAUUUGACCUUGAUCUUACCUAUGUUACAGACCGUGUCAUCGCCAUGUCUUUCCCCUCCUCUGGCAAACAGUCCUUCUACAGGAAUCCAAUUAAGGAGGUGGCAAGGUUCUUUGACACUAAACAUGAAGGCCACUAUAAAGUUUACAACCUGUGCAGCGAGAAAGGCUACGACCCCCAGUUCUUCCACUACAAGGUUGAACGAGUGUUCAUUGAUGACCACAACGUUCCUUCUUUAGAGGACAUGCUGAAAUACACAGCAAAUGUGAGGGACUGGAUGUCUGCUGAUCCCCAAAACAUCAUUGCUAUUCACUGUAAAGGAGGGAAAGGACGUACAGGUACUAUGGUGUGCACCUGGCUUAUUGACAGUGACCAGUUUGAGAGUGCACAGGACAGUCUGGAGUAUUUUGGUGAGAGGAGGACAGACAAGAGUCGCAGCUCCAAGUUUCAAGGAGUGGAGACUCCCUCACAGAGCAGGUACGUGGGCUACUAUGAGACCAUGAAGACUAAGUUCAACAGACAGCUGCCUCCACCUAAAAGCCUCAGGGUCAAGAGCAUCCGCAUUCACUCCAUAGCAGGUGUGGGUAAAGGUGACGGCAGCGAUCUCAAGGUGAAGAUAAUCGUGAGGAAAGAACUCGUGUUUCAGUGUGUGUGCAGCAAGCAGGAGAACUGCACAGUAUUUCCUGAUGUGGGCAGUAAUGCAGCAGUCAUCAGCCUGCAGAAUGGGCCUGUGGUUGAUGGAGAUGUGAAGGUCAUGUUUGAAUCGAGUGCUGGUCUUCCAAAAGGAUAUGAGGAUGUUCCAUUCUACUUCUGGUUCAAUACCUCUUUCAUAGUGGACAACAAGCUGUUUCUACCCAGGGAGGAGCUGGACAACCCACACAAACCCAAAAUGUGGGACUUGUACAAGGAGGACUUUGGUGUCACUAUGUUCUUCUCAGAACCCUAAUAAAAGCCAUUCACAAAGAUGAGGAGGUUCUUCUUAACAAAUAAAAAUGGCUGGUGACAUGACACGAAUGAUGGAUGGUGGGCAUAAAUUGGUAGAGUGAACACUAACUUAAGAAAAGAAUGGAAGCACAAGGUUCAAAUUUCUAAUAGAAGCAUUAAUUUACAUUUGUUCAAAUGUCUUGUGUGAAAAAAAUGUAUAAGGCUUUUCUUUUUUUGAAUGUUGUAUGAAUGCCAGAGAUGACUUUUAAGGUUCCCAUUGAGCCAACUCAGGCCUGACAAAAGUUCUGUUUGUAUUGUCAUGAUGGUCAGGACAGAUCUGAGGCCUGUACUACGAAGCUGGAUUUUCUCUUAUCGAGGUAACUUCAGGGUUAACUCUGGGUUUUCCGUACUACGAAGCUGGUUCACUUC